UUUAACAUUGAAGCAAUGGAGCUGGCCAAAAGGCAUCUCUUGUCAGCACAAAUAGCGAGCUACCAGAGACAAUAUAGAAAUGAGACUCUGUCCCAGAGUGCAGUGAAGAUAUUAGUAGGUGCAGCAGGAAGUUCUGGUGAGAAGGAAGAAUAUAUGAGUCUUGAAACAAUAAAGAAUUAUUCUGAAAGCAAAAAAGUUAUUAUCUUUAUUAGAAAACGGGUGCUCCAUUGGGUGUAUAAUACUAAAAAAGAAAAAGGGAUCUCAUCAAGACAUUUAUUUCUUCGUGUAUGCCAUAAUAUAGUAUUUACUGAUGAAUUUGAGGCUCUUGGAUACCUUGUGACACUAAUGAAUAUAUAUCCUAUUAUAAUUUCUUGGAUACCCCAGUUACAUAAAAUCUAUGACAGUGAAUUAGAACGUGUUUACUACUUUUUUCUUGCAUUUUAUACUAUUGAGAGCCUACUUAAGAUUGGAGCAAUGAAAAAGGAAUUUUUUUCACAUACGUGGAACCUAUUUGAGUUUGUAAUUACGAUAAUUGACAUAUUCAGUAUAAUGCUUCUCAAGACAAACAUAUUUGAGUCUUUUAAUAUGAUUCAAACAGUGAUUUUUAUUAAAACUGUUCGACUUUGUCGUAUACUACGCAUUUUAAAGCUUAUAACACCAAAGUUGCUGGAAAUAAUAGAUAAAAGUUUGAGUCACCAACGUUCGUUUACGUAUGCAAUACUAAAAGGAUAUGUCCAAGGUGAAGCAGACGUGAUGACUGUAAUCGAUCAGAUUACAAGUUCUGAACAGAUUAAACAGAUAUUACUAAAGCGGAUAACAAAGAAUAUGGAAGAUGCUUUAAAAGAGUUAGGCUACUUUGAGUGUGAUCACCCAGAAAUUGCUAUCACUGUGAAAACAAAGCAGGAGAUUGAUGUCAUGCUCAAUAUGGCUAAGGAAAUUGUUAAGGUUUUUGAGUCAAAAGGAAUUAUUCAUAAAACUGAAGGUGCUAAAAUUAAUAAGUUCAUCAUGGCCAAAAAAAAAGAGGUGCUUGGUUUUCAAUCUGUUAUCCCACCUCUUACUGUUCAAGAAAUUAUAUAUCAUAUUCCAUGGCUAGAUAAAGACAAAGACCAUAUAAACUUCAUCCAGGAAAAGGUCAAAGUUAUAGCAUUUGAUUGUGGAAAUGAAAUAUUUCAAGAAGAUGAUGAGCCCAGAGGAAUCUAUAUAGUUGUUUCAGGCAUGAUAAAGCUUACAAGCUCAAAGCCACGUUUAGGAAUUGACCAAAUAUUGGAAUCAGAGGAAAAAAAUCAUCCAAUAAUUCACAAGGAUUAUGUGCUCAGUGGAGAAAUAAUAGGCGAGAUAAACUGCUUCACUAAUGAACCUAUGCAAUAUUCUGCCUCCUGCAAAACUGUAGCGGAGAUGUGUUUUAUUUCCAAAAAUCAUUUGUAUGAGGCUUUGGAGCAAUGCUGUCCUCUCAUUGAACAAAAAGUGUGGCAAAAAAUUGGACUUGCUAUUACUGCCAGAAAAAUCAGGGAACAUUUAUCUUAUGAGGAUUGGAACUACAACAUGCAACUAAAACUCUCUAAUACUUAUAUAAAAGAUAUACCAAAGAGCACCAAAACUGAUAUCUGUUAUGAAAAUGUAAUCUAUGUUAUCCUUAUACAUGGAGCUGUAAAGGAUUGUCAGCUACAAAAAGUUUAUAAGGCACCUUUCUUGAUUCCUAAAACAUGCCAGCAGAUACAAGGCAAUGAAGAGUUCACAAAAGUAAUGAUUGUUCAAGCUUCUAUUAAUACAAAAAACAUCAGAUUGAAUGCUGGAAAUUAUGUAUCUAAACAUAAAGGUUCUCUUUCAUUGAGAUCAAUGGCUUUGAAUGGAACAUUGGGAGAAGACAUUAAGGAAAAACAAGAACUAAGGAGGAUGGAGCACACAGUGCUGCCACUGUUAGGAGUCCCCACUCUUGCUCCCUGCUCUGCAGACCAGAUUCUACCAGCCAUAUUUAAUAAAUGUGACCCUUUUGACUUGUCUCCUAUCUCAAUUUCCAAACUCGAGAGCCUGCAGAAAGACUUGAAGAUAUCAAGUCGAAUAUUAAGAUCCAAGGGGACCCCUAGAAGAAAUGUAAGGGAAAGUCCAGGAGGCUGCCUCAGAUUCUUCAAUGUGAUCAGGAGCACAUCUCUCCCCAAGAUCCAGACUGAAGCCAGAGUUCAUUUGCCCUUCAUGUGA